AUGCUCAGUACAGAACAUAGCAUACUGCCUGAUCGUCGCAUCCGCGACUUGCGCUCAAGCGUAUCCCAGAAUACCUGGAAGCGUUACCAUGUCGAGCUUAUGAUCGGAAGAUCAACAGCGCUGAUGCCAGAAAGCAUCAAAACCAACCGUAAAAGCCAACACCAGAGACGGGUCAGUGUCGAGCGCGUCACGAAGCGCACCGCGUGGGCGUUGUACCUGCCACCAGCUUGCUGCCACAGAGAAAGUCAGUACGUAUGUCGUGGAUUCUACGCUGCGUUCAGAGUGAACACGAGCGUUCUCGUGACCCGGGCGGAAGCUCCUUGGCAGGAGCCUAUGAGACAGCGCUGUGCGCGCCAACGGUCGCUGUCGCAAAAGAGCAAGCAGCGUUCAUUCGCGUACUUUUUCAGUGUGUUGGAAAAGGAAACAAUCGGCAAGUCGCAUCCUUUGGUGGUUGUCGUCAAUGACGCCGGGCGUGCUGUGGUGCGAAUACGUCGUAGACUGGCACCGUUAACGAGAUCGUACCUCGAAUGCGAGAAUCGACUCUGUACGAAUGCCAUCGAUGAAUUCCAGACGACAUUCGCGCAUGACGAGCAGCAAUAUGCUCUGAAACAGUUAGAGAAGAGGUGCGUCAAACAGGGACAGUCGCUUGCGCUGACGCACGAGAAUAACCUGACCGAAUGUCACCUGGUGAGGCAUACGCACGUCAAUGCCUUACUAAGGUGGAAUUGCAUCGGAACACAGGCACACGAGCACUUUCCGCAUCGAGACUUGAAGGCCGCUAGGGACAUACGUUCGUGUCUCGUGCUUUGUGGAGCUUCCACCAGCAUUGCAUGGAGCGAAGCUUCGCGGGAAGCGUUUCGUAUUCGGUGUAAGCAUUUUGCUCCAAUUCGGAAUACUUCCGAACAAGCAAUCAAUGACCAGGAUAGCGACCACUGGACUCUUGCCUGGAACCAGGCACUGCUUCCGAUUCAUCGUCGGUAA